CGAUGUAGAACGUGUCUUUUUAUGUCCCAGCUGUAUUGCAUUGCAUUUACUUGAAGCUGGUACAACAGUGUCAUGUUCUUCACAAAAACGACGUGCUCUUUUUGCAAUUAUUAAUGUGUCGCACUGCGGCAUCACGAGCCGGAGUAGGGCCGGCGUAUGCACUUGGAUCAUCUUCAAAAAGCUCAGAAUCACUGGCUAAAUCUGAAACUUUAAGCAGCUGCUGACUAUCUGUUUCACCAUUUAGUCGUCGAAAUAAUUUGCACUGAUUAUGGAGUACUUAUACUGUAUACAUUCCUUUACAGCUUUAGAUAACAGUUCUUCAGCUGGUAGUACUAGUAUUUCCAGUUUCGCUUCUGGCAUCGAUUUAAUUGAUUAUAAAACUCCGCAUGGCAAAGUAUCUUCACCGACUUCACGUACAAUUAAUAUCAGUAAAACAGUGAUAUCAUUAUCGCGCUUUCGAAUGUUAUACGCAUUUGUUUGAUGUAGCAUCCCGGCACACGUACGUUAGUUGCAAAUUGCUAACAUUGUCUAUAAUAAGGAAGCCAUGGCAAGCAAAAAACUAUAUAAGUGUAUCGUCGUUGGUGUUGGAGGCAUUGGAUCGGGGUCUUUAUACUGGCUGUCAAAAUUGUCGCAGCGGAUUCCGAAAAGUGGAGAGAUUCUUGGCAUUGAGCAGUUUCGGCUGGGUCAUGAUAAUGGAAGCUCUCAGGACAUUUCGCGCAUCAUACGAUACAUGUACCACGAUACGCCGUAUAUAAAGCUCGCCCCUGGAUCAUACGAAACAUGGGACGAGCUAGAAAACGAAUCGGGAAUUAAAGUCGUCACCAGAACAGGCGGAUUGUUUUUCACGCCGAAAGAUGGGGGUCAUGUGGAUGUGGUUGAUGAAUAUGCGAAUGCAAUGACAGCUGAACAUGUUCCCUUUGAACGAUGGGACGGCGCCGCUAUACACAAGAAGUACCCGCAAUUUAAUGUCAAGAAUAAGGAUGUUGUUGGACUUUAUCAGAAGGAUUCCGGUUUUGUUAAUGCCGGUCUGGGAAAUGCAGUGCAUACGCAGCUCGCGCGUAAACACGGCGCCGAAAUUUUAGAAAACACAAAAGUGACAAAGGUCGCCAAAGAAGGCGAUUACCUGCGAGUUAGCACAAGCAACGGGGAUUAUGCAGCGGAAAACUUGAUCGUCGCUUGUGGUGCAUGGAAUAACGAUAUUUUGCAACAUUUCGGCAUGCAAGUGUCCAUUACCGUCACCCAAGAGCAAGUCUCGUAUUUUGGAACACCGAAUAUCCGGGAAUUCUUGCCUGACAGAUUUCCCGUAUGGAUUUGCCACAGCACACACCACGAUUAUUAUGGAAUUCCCAUAAACCCAGGCUGCAGUACCGGUGUCAAGAUUGGCGCCGACGCAUCCGGCAAUGUUUGCACCGCUCAUACGAGAAAUUUUGAAUUGAAUCCAGAACGUCUCGAGGCGACCGUAAAGUUUAUGCAAGAAUAUAUACCGAGGGGAUACGGUCCAAUGCUGUACACCAAAACGUGCCUGUACGAGCUGACGCCAGACCGGCAUUUUAUUCUAGACAAUCUGUCGUGUAAAGGACUUCCUAAUGUCCAUGUUUUCAUGGGAUGUGGGCAUGGAUUUAAGUAUGCCUCAGUAAUCGGGAAGAUUUUCGCGCAGUUGGUCCUUAAUGGUAAAACCGAAUACCCGUUGUCGGAUUGUUUCCGCAUAGACAGGCCGGCAUUGCAGAUGAUGCAAGCCAAAGGGAACAUCAUGUUUGGAAAGAAGGCGCAGCUGCCUCCCGUUUCGCGAUGAUCCGGACGUUUGAAUGCUUAUGUUCUUGCUAUCAUCAUGAUGAUAUUAUGUCAGAAUACCGAAUAAUAAAAAACACGUGCAAAUGUCAGCUAUAAAACA